AUGGACUGGGGUACCCUGCACACGUUCAUCGGGGGUGUAAACAAACACUCCACCAGCAUCGGGAAGGUGUGGAUCACCGUCAUCUUCAUUUUUCGCGUCAUGAUCCUCGUGGUCGCCGCUCAAGAGGUGUGGGGCGACGAGCAGGAAGAUUUUGUCUGCAACACGCUGCAGCCAGGGUGCAAAAAUGUGUGCUAUGACCACUUUUUCCCUGUGUCCCACAUCCGGCUGUGGGCCCUGCAGCUCAUCUUCGUGUCCACCCCGGCCCUGCUGGUAGCGAUGCAUGUGGCCUACUACAGGCACGAGGCUGCCCGCAAAUUCAGGCGAGGAGACAAGCGAAAUGAAUUCAAAGACCUCGAAGACAUUAAAAAGCAGAAGGUCCGGAUAGAGGGGUCCCUGUGGUGGACGUACACCAGCAGCAUCUUCUUCCGCAUCAUCUUCGAAGCAUCCUUUAUGUACGUCUUUUACUUCCUUUACAACGGGUACCACCUGCCCUGGGUGUUGAAAUGUGGGAUUGACCCUUGCCCCAACCUUGUCGACUGCUUUAUCUCGAGACCCACUGAGAAAACCGUGUUCACCAUUUUUAUGAUUUCCGCAUCUGUGAUUUGCAUGCUGCUUAACGUGGCCGAGCUGUGUUACCUGCUUCUGAAAGUGUGUUUUAGGAGAUCAAAAAGAGCACAGACACAGAGAAAUCACCCCAAUCAUGCCCUAAAAGAGAGUAAGCAAAACGAAAUGAACGAGCUGAUUUCAGAUAGUGGUCAGAAUGCGAUCACAGGCUUUCCAAGCUAA